AUGAGUGACUCCGGCACUCAUUGCCAGGACACUCCUGGUGAGGUGGAUACUCGGACUUUGACAGAUGACCCGUUUGGCGAGGACCAUGAGAGACAACAACAACCUGCCCAAGGGAGUGUUGUCCAAGGACCAGGUCCUUAUAACUAUCAACAACAUCUGACUCAUCCUGAACUCCAAGGACAUCAUCACCACCUGGGAGGUGUGGCCCAGGAGCCUCCACAGCUUGAUGUACUCGGAGCACUGCUCCCACCACUCAACCUGGACCCUUUUCCAUCACCUGAAGUCAUGCAAAACCCAAACAACGACAACAAUUAUCACGAACAAACCCAGCAAACCCAGCAAACCCAGCAAGCCCACAGAGAACAACGACCAAACCGACGAUCUCAAAGCAUGGCCUCCCAUGAAGAGCGACAGGAAACUCCCAACCAGGCUUCAAGCAGACCAACUGUCGACAGUGCGAGACGAGGGGUGAGGCUCGUUCCCCCACGUUCACGACAGCCUCUUGAGAGAUUGCCCUGGAAUACUCGAAUCAAUCCUAGACCUGUCGAGAUAUCACGACUACCAGAUAGAUGGUUAUCUGGUUGCAACCAUUUCGCUCAUUUUGGCCUCGGUCCACAUGACGAGGAGCCUAAGCCUGAGGAGCACUCUCAGCGUCUUAAGUAUCCCAUCAAACUAAAUCGGACGAGACGAAAGGGCCACGAUGAUAAGGGCAAAUACGUUGUACACCGCCCAGAUGGAGCGGAAAUCAUACCAGCUGGGACGUCCCUCCGACAGCUAAUGACCGAGUAUCCGAACCAUUCAUGGGGCGAAGGACUUAGGCUCCUUAUGGCCGAAGGUAUUACUGCUCGUGAGUUAUACAACUAUCUUCCUGAUGAAGCGAAGAAUACCUCAGGAGGAGCUCGGCCCCAUAACAAUAUCCAACAUGCCUUUGGAAGAGAGCUCUUCAAGAUGGAGGAAGAAGAGACCCAGACCCGUCGUGAGCCCCAGAAGAGAGGUCAAUCCGCUAGUGUGGAAGGCGACGAGACCACGGGCGAACCAUCCACCAAAAAGCGAAAGACCGGAUCGGCCAGUACGGCAACUCGAGCCAGUGCCAUUGGUGCUCCUCCAGCAUUGAACUUACCCCCUUUGAGGGAACUCAGACAACAAGAAUCAGCGCGAAGAGAUAAUAGGGGCAAUCCCACUCUCGGACAAUGGGAACGAGGCAUCGGGCCUAUCAUCCCCGCGUCUGAAAGAUAUCGGGAUGGUUGGGCCCGGAGAAUCCACAAAUGGAAAUCAAUGGCCGAUGAGUUUCUGUUGUUGACCGAUGAGGAGUACUCGAGACAAGGCGAGCAGUCUCGCUUACUAACCGUGGAGAAAUACUGGGAGUCUAUCACAAAAUUGUACUCCGCUGAUAUUAGGAGAAACCUUGGUAUACCACCCACCGAAGUCCAUGGAGCCAAUGUGAGUGCUUCCUUCUGGAUGAGACAGGCCGUGCUCAGAAGUCAACAAGGCGCCCAGAGAGAAGGAGAGCCUGAUAGAUGGUAUCAAGAACGCAUAAAACAGAUGGUUUACCUCAAUUUAAACAGAUGGUUUGAUACGAGGGUCUACCCGGUGCUAGGAGGCUUGCUCCAAGAUGUACGGCAACAAAACUACGCUGCCUAUGCACUUCCUCCCCGACAUAUAUGGGAAGCUCAACUACAAUACGAUCCCGCGGCAACAGGUGACGAUGAGGGGGAGGAGGAGGAACCUGAAGCUGACGCCGAGGAUGACGAGCAAGGACCCUUAACCCCGUGGAGGACACGAUGA